CUGCUGCUGCAUCCAUCUAUCCCAAGGGAGCCCAAGAGCAGGCAAACUGCAGCCUCCCAUCCUCCCCAUUGCCGAGUCGCCGCCAUGCUGAGGAGCUACUCGCGCUCGGCCCGGCCCCAGCGUCUCCUCGCCUCGGCGCCACGGAGAGCGCUCGCCAUCGCCGCCGUUCAAUCUUCACUCGCAUCAAGAGGAAAUGCUUCCGCAACACCAUUAUUAUCAUUAUCGUCAUCAUCGUCAUCAUCAUCACCAUCAUCGUCAUCAUGGGCUUCAUCGCCUAAUGCACCCCUGCUGCGCGCACUGCACGCGUCGGCAGCACGCUCACAAGCUUCGUCGGCACCCCAAAAAGUCUCGCCACCGUCGGGAAACGACAAGUUCCUCGAGACAAACAACGCUUACUAUGUCGAGGAGAUGCACCGCCUGUGGCAGCAGGACCCUUCCAGCGUGCACGCCAGCUGGGAUGUCUACUUUUCGGGUAUCAAGAACGGCUUGCCAAGUCAGCACGCGUUCAGGCCGCCGCCGACGCUUAUGCUGCUCCCCAUGGAGGCACCCCCCGUCGACCUGUCCGGCGUCGCUUCUUCCAACUCGAACGUCGACGAUCUCUUGAAGCUUCAACUCCUUGUGCGUGCAUACCAGGUUCGCGGCCACCGCAUCGCCAACCUCGACCCUCUCGGCAUCACUAACGCCCCCUACGUACCAGAGGAGCUGACCAUCGAGCACUAUGGCUGGAGCGAGUCUGAUCUCAACCGAAAAUUGCGCCUUGGUCCCGGUCUACUGCCCAACUUCCAGCAGGCCGGAAUCAAGGAGAUGACUAUCGGCGAGGUCGUUGACACGUGCAAGAAGAUGUACUGCGGCCACGUCGGUAUCCAGUACGUACACAUCCCCGAUCGCUCGCAGUGCGACUGGUUGCGCGAGCGCAUCGAGACGCCCGUGCCGUACAAGUACACGACCGAGCAGAAGAGAAGCAUCCUCGACCGCCUCAUCUGGUCCGACUCGUUCGAGCGCUUCAUUGCCAGCAAGUACCCUAAUGAGAAGCGCUUCGGCCUCGAAGGCGGCGAGAGCUUGAUCCCCGGUGUCAAGGCGCUGAUCGACCGGAUCGUCGACAAUGGCGCAUCUAGCAUCACCAUUGGCAUGCCCCAUCGCGGACGUCUCAAUGUUCUUGCCAACGUCAUCCGGAGGCCGAUCGAGGGUAUCCUCAACCAAUUCAUGGGUAAGGACGACGGCUCAGAGGGCGGUGGAGACGUCAAGUACCACCUGGGUGCCAACUACGUGCGCCCCACACCUUCCGGCAAGAAGGUCGCGUUGUCGCUUGUUGCCAAUCCGUCCCAUCUUGAGGCGGAGGACCCGGUGGUGCUUGGCAAGACGCGUGCGCUGCAGGACUUUGCGGGCGACAAGGACCACGUCACAUCCGUCGCGCUGCUGAUGCACGGUGACGCCGCGUUCGCGGGUCAGGGCGUCGUGUACGAGACGAUGGGCAUGUACAAACUGCCCAAUUACGCGACCGGGGGCACGAUCCACAUUGUCGUCAACAACCAGAUCGGCUUCACCACCGACCCGCGCUUCUCGCGCUCGACGCCGUACCCCUCGGACAUUGCCAAGUCGAUCGACGCGCCCAUCUUCCACGUCAACGCCGACGACCCCGAGGCGGUCACGUGGGUGUGUCAGCUGGCCGCCGACUGGCGCAACCAAUUCAAGAAGGACGUCGUGAUCGACCUCGUCUGCUACCGCCGCCACGGGCACAACGAGACGGACCAGCCGGCGUUCACGCAGCCGCGGAUGUACAAGGCCAUCGCCAAGAAGGAGACGGCGGUGACACAGUACGGUCGUAAGCUCGUCGAAGAGGGUACAUUUACGCAGAAGGAUAUCGAUGAGCACCAGAGGUGGGUGUGGAGCCUGCUCGAGGAGGCCGCCGAGAAGAGCAAGGACUACAGCCCCGGCGAGCGCGAGUGGCUCUCCUCCGCCUGGGACGGCUUCCCGUCGCCCAAGGAGCUCAAGGAGAUGAUCAUCGACCACAAGGAGACGGGCGUUGAGGUCGGCACGCUCAAGCACAUCGGCGAGACCAUCUCGAGCUACCCCAAGGGCUUCAGCGUGCACCGCAACCUCGCCCGGAUCCUCAAGACCAGGGGCUCCACCGUCGACACGGGCGAGGGCAUCGACAUGAGCACCGGCGAGGCGCUUGCGUUCGGCUCGCUUGCCAUGGAGGGCUACUACGUCCGCGUGUCCGGACAGGACGUCGAGCGCGGCACCUUCUCGCAGCGCCACGCCGUCCUGCAUGACCAGGAGAACGAGACGACCUACACGCCGCUGCAGCACCUCAGCAAGGACCAGGCACCGUUCGUCGUGUGCAACUCGUCGCUCUCCGAGUUUGGCUGCCUCGGCUUCGAGCUUGGCUUCUCGCUCGUCGACCCCAAGAACCUGACCGUGUGGGAGGCUCAGUUCGGCGACUUUGCCAACAAUGCGCAAUGCAUCAUCGACCAGUUCAUCGCGUCCGGCGAGCGGAAAUGGCUGCAGCGCACCGGCCUCGUUGUCAACCUGCCGCACGGCUACGACGGCCAGGGCCCCGAGCACUCGUCGGCGCGCAUCGAGCGUUUCCUACAGCUCUGCGACGACCACCCGUUCGUGUUCCCGUCGGAGGAGAAGAUGAACAGGCAGCACCAGGACUGCAACAUGGCCGUCAUUUACUGCACCACUCCCGCCAACGUCUUCCACGCGCUCAGGAGGCAGGUCCACCGCGACUUCCGCAAGCCUUUGAUCAGCUUCUUCAGCAAGAGCCUCCUGCGGCACCCUGAGGCCCGGAGCAAGCUCCAGGACUUCCUCCCCGGCUCGGGCGGCUUCCAGAAGUACAUCCCCGAAGCGCACGCUGAGGAGGGCAAGGACGAGUUGUUGCCCGCCGACCAGAUCAAGAGGCACAUUAUCUGCUCGGGCCAGGUCUACUUUGCGCUUCUCAACUACAGGCGCGAGAAAGGCAUCAAGGACGUCGCCAUCUCCCGUCUCGAGCAGAUCAGCCCCUUCCCGUACGACCUUAUCACUCCGCAUCUCGACAAGUACCGCAAUGCCGACCUCAUGUGGGCCCAGGAGGAGCCACUCAACAACGGCCCAUGGGCCUAUGUUCAGCCACGUCUCCGCACCGCAUGCCGCCACACUGAGCACCACAAGCAGCGUCUGACCGUCGUUGCAAGCAGGCCGCCAUCGAGCUCGGUCGCGACGGGUAACAAGAAGGCGCACCAACAGGAGGUGGAGAACCUGCUGCGCGACUCGUUUGACCUCAGCCUCAAGGCGUCCAGUGCCGAUGAGCUGCAAGUGUAACAAGGUACAUAGCAAUCGCGUGGGCAAAGGAGAUACGCAGGCGGCCCUUGCGGUGCCGCAGAGCUGCUUGCCGACCUCCAUGACUAUAUGUCCGUAGAUGGGACGGAAAAGAGCCAGAUGGUGGAAGAUCCGUUUCCUCCUUUUGUAUUCAAUUUGCAAAUACAAGAUUCAGUCCGAAGAUAAUGGAAUGCGGCGCAAAAUCAUUUGUUUUGGUUUCAGAGGCACCAUGCAUCGGCUGAAACAUGAGCUCGGCCACCUUCAUCACCAUUGCCACAUCGGGCGGUGUCGGUUGAUGAUCAUGCGGAACGCUUUACGAUGAUCGUACAUGUGAUGAACCGCGACGGCGUGACGCCUCAAGGACCCAUAUUUA